GGGUCGAAGGCAGACAUGGAGGAGCUGAGCGCCGUGGGAGAGCAGGUUUUUGAUGCGGAAUGCAUUUUAAACAAACGGCUGAGAAAGGGAAAGUUGGAGUUUCUGGUGAAGUGGAGGGGAUGGUCAUCCAAACACAACAGCUGGGAGCCCCAAGAAAACAUCCUGGACCCAAGACUGCUGGCUGCAUUCAACAAGAAAGAGCAAGAAAAGGAGCUCCUGAUGCGUAAGAAAGGGAAAAGGCCAAGGGGACGACCACGGAAAAUUCUAGAAAAUGUGCCCGAAGCUGCAAAGUCAAGCAGCUCUUCAUCCGGCUCAUCGUCCUCAUCCUCUGAUUCCUCCUCCUCGUGCUCCUCCUCUUCUUCCUCAUCAGAGGACGAAGACGACGACAACGGCCACGCUACAAAACAGGCUAGCCCGAGCGUCAGGACGCGGGAGCUUCACCCUGUCCCCCAGAAGAAGGCGCAGAUCGUCGUCGCCAAACCGGAGCCUCCAAAGAAGAGAAGCAGGAAACCUUCUUCUCCCGAUGUGAAGGAAUUCCAACAGAACAAGGGCCAGCGCAAAAUCCUGAAGACAUCCAAAGAUGCGGAUCUCCCGGGGGCGAUCAAGAAGCCCGUUCACCCGGCGAGCUUCACCUUCAUGGGCUUUCAUCGGGGCUCGGCUCGGGAGGUGGCGGGCGGGCAGAACAGGAGCCCUCUGACCCAGGGCGGGGCUGUCAAAAACUCUGUGAGCUCUGUGGGAUCCGGGAGGUCAGUCCAACCUGCCUCGCUCUCCCUGAACAAAUCCAGCCAGAGCAGGAAUGUCACGGAGGGUAAACUGUCCAUCUCCAGCAUGAGCAGCGGGACAAGUCUGGAUUUGAAAGCAGCUGCUAGUAAAUCAAAAGGGGUAGCAGCGCUGAAUUUGAAUACAUCCAAACACCUCAUUCAAGGAACCACUCAGCAUACACUAAGCUCCCCCAACGGACAAAAGAAAGCCCAGGCCCCCGUGUCAACACUGCAGCGGAUACCCAAUACUAAAGCAGUGGCUUCUUUACCGUCUAAGAAUGCCUCCGCCAAUCAGGGUUCAGGUCCCCAGCCACUAAACCUUCAGAACAAACUGCUGCAAAGUAACAAUGCUUCUGGAAACGGCACUGCUCCAGUGUCGGGCCUCAGAAACGCAACAAACCCGGCGAGGAAAGUCUCACAGAACCAGGAGUAUAAGAGUCCAGCAACCCCUGGACGACUUCAGGCGAGAAAGAGCCAUCCCGGAGCAGACAAGGUCAAGGAGGUGACUGAAGUCCAGACCCCGAGAGUCCAGAGCAGGCUGGAGAAAAGCAGUGUGCAGAAAUCUUCCGCAGAGGUCCAGGAGAGAUCGGCAUCUAAAGACGGCAAGAAAGGCAAGAUGAACGACAUGAGCACGGGGGAGGAGGAGAGCAGCUCCGAGUCGGACCAGGACUCUUCAGAUGUCGGACAGGAUCGCUCGGUGGCGGUGCAGAACCAGGACUGGAAGCCCACACGCAGUCUGAUAGAACACGUGUUUGUAACGGAUGUUACGGCUAAUCUAGUUACCGUCACAGUCAAGGAGUCUCCGACCAGCGUGGGCUUCUUCAGCAUCCGCAACUACUGACAGACUCUGCAAACCAGAUGGGCUUUGAAGCAAACAGAGGGGGUUCAGAGGGAAACCUUUCAGCUGGAGAAUUCCUGAGGAAUGCAUUCAGGGAUCGGAGGUUAAUUUGCGUUUCAUCUUCUUUUCUUUUUUUUUGUUAAAGACCAGUUUUUUAGGUUAAAGAAAAAACAAGAUCAGUUAUUGAUUGUGAUUAUUUAUUUGCUCGUGUCUACAGUGGAGGUGCAGGAGGCCGGAUAAUCUCAAACAAACAAAUCUUUUUGCUUUCAGAGAGUCCAAAAUAACGCCUUUACUGGGGGUCUUGUAGAGAAAUAACUUAUUCAAGUGUAAGGAUAGAACUCCAACAUUGUGGAAUAUUAGCAUUCAUUCAUGCUCCUGUAAUUCUCUGUUGAUGAGAGAUAGAUAGGAGGAUAUUAUUAUUAUUGAUAAAAGGGUAGCAGCGUAGCCUCUUUAAUGGGUAGCACACAUUUAGUUCAUAAUGUGUCAGUGUUGUGAAUCCAUAUCAAUCAAUAUCUAAUGUAAACCAGUUUCUUAAUUCUUAGUAUAGUAUUGUUUAUUUUAACAUUUCAUAAGUUAGCUACCUCUUUUUUGCUCGAUGUUUGCUGCAUAUGUAUAUUCAUUUCUCGUGGGAAAGGAGAACCUUUUCCCUGCAGGGUAUACCAUCGUUGUGUCCAUAUAAUUGUCUUUAUAUUUGCUGUAUAAACUCAUGUUAGCACCAAUAGCAGCAGCAGACAACAGCUUCAUUCCUGUGCCUCUGACUUCCAGCGGGCUGUUGAACUGUGCGCGCCGUUAUCGCCUCGGAAAGAAGUUUCAUUCCACAGUGCAGCCGGUUUAUCAGGGGGGCUUUUCCAAACGGGCGGAAGCAUGUGGGGAGUCAGAUACAGUAUCUGUGUUCAGAUAAGACUGAGCCUGAGGUUUGCUCUUCUGCCUCUGCAUCACUUCUGUCCCUCAUUCAUUCAGCAGCAGCAGCUCUAAUCUUCUCAGACUUGUAAUUAAUACGGACAAAAACCAGAGAAUGAGUGCUUGUGGUGAUCACGGACAGAACACCUGACGAUGCUUUCCCCGUGAGCCUUUUGAAAAGGCGACUGCUUUGAAACCACAGAGGGAAAAGGUUGGGUGUGGACAACAAACCGCUCUGCAUUGUUUGUCGCAGACCACAAAAACACCAGAUGUCAUCAUGUCUGUUGCUGCUGGUGUUUCAAAACGUCUAGGACUGAAAUACCAGAUUUUUGUUUUGUUUUUUCUUCUCCUUGCAGCUGCAGACGUCUCAUUUUAACCCGCCUGCAUGGGUUCAGGAGCUGCAGGCCCGGCCUCCCAGAAUAAAAAAAAGAAAGUAAAGAAAGAUCUUUAUCUGAUGUAACAGAAAAGAAACCACAACAAUGUGCGCUACUUUCUGCUCCCUUGAGAGGAGUUCAGCAACAAAGCACUUCGACUGAACUCUUCUGUCUAAUCCUGCUCUGCAGACUGUGCCUUUCUUUCUCUCAAAGACUAAACACAGAGGCAUUACCCCAAAGAUAGCUAGAAUUUCAGGUUGUUCAAUAAAAGGAGUACCCCGAGAGUAUAGCAUGGAGACUGGACUUUUUUCAGUUAAUGUAUGCCUCAUAUUUGAUGCCUUAUUGAGAUGAUAGUUACUGAAGUAGUUUCCAUUCAGGAUCAGCUGAAAACAAAAGUGAAUCCUCACAUUACAGGUGAGAAAAUCGUCUUUCAAAGUCAAAGAAAAAGCAUCAGGCAGUAGGGAAAGUUUAGUGAUUUCUGGGGUAACGCACAGUGUUUAUAUGAAAAUGUUUUUUAUUGUAUUUUAUCUGAUUUUCUUAAUUAAUGAAAAGAGCAAACCUGGCAUAAAUGUUUCCAGUUGUGGUCUUCUUUUAUUUUUUAGAUCUACUAACCAUCUCAAUGGAACAUUGUUCUCUUUACAAUCUAUUUAUUUCAAAUCAAGAGACUUUCCGGGUAGGACGGUGUCAGCAAUCCUCGUAUUGUGCCACUUGUCAAAUUGACUAAUAAAUGGUACAACCUUU